AUGUGUCUGCCACACCGAACCUUAUUUUGUGCGGUCUUUCUAUUCGUCGUAGGUGUUCAAGUAGAAACGAAGAAAUCUGGACCAUAUGUAUGUCCAAUAGAAUUCAAAUUAGUUUACAAUAGAGAUAAUGGUAAUUAUGUAUGUUACAAGCAAAAAGAACCGGAAGAGUUCGCAGACAAAUUUAAGAACUGCAAUGGGAAUAUGUACACUGAAAUAUUAUACCGCAGUCUCAAUAUAUCGAAAUUCGAUGAAGUAGACAGAGUGUGGGCUGAUUACAAGUCAACCUACCCCGGAGGGCCGUUUGUCAGUACAUCAGAAGAGAAAAUAGUCUACAAUGGGACAUUUACCCCUGAUUAUGAUUUCAUUUACCAGGAAUUAUGUUUAACAGUAAACCAAUUUGGAUACUACAGGGCUGUACGGUGCGAUGAGAAAUAUUACAGGUACUGCAUAGUGAAACCAUACCCUGAUACGGAGGUUGCAAUGGAUAAAACUGGAUGUAAUGAAUUCCAUCAGUCCUGGAGGUUCAUCAGUCCUAGAGACCUAUGUCUGUAUAAUGUGACAGGGCACGGUGGAGGCCCUGUUAGAGCGACAUGGAAUCAGUCGCAGGCGCUCUGUACAAAGAAUGGUGGAUCAUUGCUAAGCGAAGGAAUACAGUACGCGAACUUUCCUAUGUUUCAUAAGACCAAUGAAUCACCCAUACCUGUGAGAUCUCCUAAAUUACGACUGGCGGGCAUCAAUGAGACCACUGGUUUAGCAAUCACGAGAGACUUUUGGGAAAUCGAGAAGAUCAAUAGCUCAGUCAUCUUUUUUGAUGUGAUCUGUGAAAAUUCCGUGCAACGCAGGAAUAUAUUUUUAAAUCUAACCCUAGAAUCAGAUAAAAUUCUGGUCAUUACUAAUAAUACGGUGUACAAACGAAAUAUACAUUGUUACACAAACUCUGAAACUUAUUAUCCGACCAAAGUUAAAAUUCAUGAUAAAAAGAAAAACAUCAGCGAUUACAACAUAUACAAACUUUCCCCUGAUUAUGAUGGUCAUUAUUGGUGUGUUCAUAUUGAUCCAGAAAACUUGCAAGAAACCGAAUCACAGAAACUCCUCUUUUUGCGUCCUAAAUACCUAUUUGGUAGAUAUGCCAUCAAGAUCCGCCUUAAAAAUGCAUAUAUAUUUGAUAAUGCUGAUAUGAUCAAAGACAAUUGGGAAGAGAGGUUGGAACGAUACAUUGUUUAUAGGACAAAAUAUAACAUUGAAAAUUUCGAAAACGUAAAUAUCACGGAACUAGAAAAAGAUUAUAUUAUAAAUAACGACUCAAAUAUGGAUGACAAUGAUGUUAUUUCGGAUAUCAAAAUAAGAAGAAUGUACAUAGAUAUGCGAACAAUUCUGUUCCACGCGCAAGUUCGUGAAGACAUGAUACCUCUGAAUCCGUUAAAGUUAGAGGAUGCUGAUGUGUUAUUCAUGAAACCAGUUCAUAUUUGUAGUUCACGAAAUACAGUGCCACGUCUAAUAAUAAAUAAGUCAAUCACCUUAUCGGAUUGUAUCACGUACAAGUGUGUGGGAGAAUUUGAUGAAGGUGUUUCAUUGGUGGAAGAAGCGACUCCUGACUGUAUCAUCAACACCUCUGUAGCCAUGACCGGUCUCACUAUUGAAGUAAGAAAGAAUGAACCGACAUCAACAUUACCUCCAUUUGAAAUUGAAGAUUUAGAAUUAACAACAAUACAAACUCGGCUUAAUCUACGCGAUCAAGCAAGUUCAGAAGAAUAUAAUGAUUAUGAACUGACGGAAACUACAUAUGCUUCAACAACUGUAACUGAAGACGUAUCGACGGUUACCAGUUCUACUUACGAAUAUACGAUAACAGAAACUGAUGAAGUGUUCACACCAAUUGAGAGCACUACUACAGUAACUACUCCAAUUGAAGAUACAACGGUUGAUACAUCGACAGAAAUUACUUCAACGGAAAGAAGACCGUUCCCACCACCAAUAAUACCACCACUACCUACAACAGUGAUACCUGUAACAACAUUACCAAGUCUGGCGCCUGAAGAACAGCUUGAACAGGUGUUAAAUGACUUGGAUACACUGCUUCAAAAUGAUAGCGUACAAAUAACAGUAGAAAAGAUAGAAGAAACCUUCGAUCAGGUAAACGAGUUAUUUGACAUAGAUCAAGAUUUACAAAUUCCCGGUACUUUACUACAUAUGCUUGAUGAUCUCGGCUCGAAAUUGUACUUGAAUGGGUCAUCGACGGGUGCAACAGUCCGUAAUAAUAUAGCAUUGCUGGUAGCUGAUGCUGCGCCAGAUAAUCCUGUUAGAGGAUUUAGGCUUGCCAAUACCGAUUUGGAUAGUAAUUUUACCGGUGACACCUUUCAAUUCUUGGCCGAAGAAAUAAACACCACCCAUUUGAUGGCUAAUAAAAGUGAAGCCGUCGUGUACUUGCCUGAAUCAGUGACAAGUAUACCUCGCCGGCUCAGUUUCGUCAUAUUUAGGAACGAGCGCGCCUUUCGCUGCACCAGAAACGCUGCAAUAGUAAACAGCAAAGUUGUCAGCGUUAAUGUUGGGAAUAUGACCACUUUUGAGAAUGGGGAGGUGAUAGAUAUUCACCUGACUCCUUUGAUAGAAGAAACUGACCGCAACAAUAGUCGCACAUGCGCCUACUGGAAGUUUAUAGAAAAUGGCACCGGAUACUGGUCCACGGAAGGCUGCACCUUCAUUAAAUCUACCGAGUUCGGAAUAUUGGACACUUGCCGAUGUAACCAUCUGACUCACUUUGCUGAAGUUCUCAUUCCACGUACACUAUUUUCACAACGCAAUGAGGAUGUACUAGAAAUAUUAUCUAUAGUAGGAUGUUGUCUUUCUAUGUUUGGUGUAAUUUUAAUUCUACUUACAGCAGUUAUGUUUCGAGCAUGGAGAAGAGAAUUCAGCAAUAAAAUUUGGCUUCAACUGUGUUUUGCGAUAUUUCUCAUAUCACUUUGUUUUCUAAUAGUAGUGUUUGUGAAAUUUGACGGAUAUGAUGUUCCAUGUAUGCUAGUAGGUGUAAUGUUACAUUAUUCAGUUUUGGCCUCCUUCUGUUGGAUGUUGGUAGCAGCUAUAAUAUCGUACAGAAGGCUAGUUUUAGUUUUUACUAGAGAAAUGUCUCAUAAGCUUUUAAAAGCUUCAGCUUUCUCUUGGGGAGCUCCUUUUGCGGUGGUGGGUGUUCUUCUUUCAGUCGAUCCGCUUUCUUACGCGGGACAAUAUGAAGAGAAGUCUCCCAGUGGAAAUUUUUGUUAUCCUUCAGGACUCGGCCUAUGGUUGGCUGUCUAUGCACCUGUUGCAGUUAUGCUAUUAGCAAACUGGACACUAUUUAUCUUGAUAGUUCGCUCCGUGUUUGCUUCUAGAAGGAUUCAGAGGCACGGAGAUGCAAACGACGCCUUGAGAUGUGCAUCUGUUAGUUGCUUGCUUGUGUUUUUGUUCGGUUUGCCCUGGAUAUUUGGCCUCUUUGCUAACAAUAUCGUAGCUGCAUACUUUUUCACUUGCACUGUAACUUUACAAGGGUUUGUGCUAUUUAUUUUUAUUGUUGUGUUCAAUAAAAAAACGAGAGAUCUCUGGCUAAAUAAAUUGAAGAUUAAACAAACUCGCAAAAUUCCUGUUACAUCAUCCACAUAUACCAAUAGAACUAUGGGUGGUGAAUCGAGAGAAAGAGAGAGAAGUAGCUCCUCUAUGGAGGCCAACAACCUCAAACCUAGGUCCUUGGCAUCACCUGAUGAUGACUCUAAGUUUUCGUGAUGUACUAAUAUUAAAUUAGCCAAGUAAAUAAUUGUGAAGUUUGUGUUUGUUUUUAAUAUUAUUAGUUUGAUGCUUCAAAAAGUAAGAGUUGCUGUAAUUUUUUGUAUUUAAUUUAAUAUACUAUAUAUCAGGGCUCGAAUAAAACUGCAAACAGAGUAUUAGCUCCGUAUCUCAAUUAGCGACAAAAUUUAUUUAUAUGUAUGCUACUAAACUUAGAUUAGUGAUGCCGAAUGUAUUUGUUUCAUUCAUUCUUGCCUCUAUAUCUUUGCUUAUAUUUGCUUUAAUUAA